AUGGUGAAAGAGUUUGGGCAAAUCUUCCGGACUGGCAUUCAACAAGCUUACUCAUUGGGCCUGAAAUUAAGAAACGAUUACAGCAACUUUAUUACCGACAAAUACAUUCCUUCGAAGCUUCGAGUGAACACCGGUGAAGAUAACCGAACAAUUACCACCGCACUUAGCGUCCUUGCUGGUCUUUAUCCUCCAAAAGAUAAGCAGAUCUGGUCCGGCAAACUACCUUGGCAACCAAUUCCGGUUCACACAAACUUUCUGUUCGAUGCAGUAUCAUUCGAAGUACUCGAAACAUGCCCAGGUUUGGCUCGUUAUGUCUACCGCCAUCCAAAAUAUCUGGCCCUGCUUGAGCAGACUGCGAAAAAAAGACAUUUUGUUUAUCAAAUGACUGGUAUUAAAACAGGAAGUCUUUAUAACUAUGAGAAAGUUAUAGACGCCCUUCAAACAAUGAAACGACUCUAUCCGGAGGCGCUGCCCAAAUGGUCAAUCAGUUUUACGUCUGAGGACCUGGGAAACCUAAAACUGGACCUUCAUCUAAAAUUUAUAGACAUUGUGUUAUCACAGACAGGAGGUUUUCUCCUGAACUUUGUCUUAGACGAAUUAGAGAACAAUAUAAAGCAGCAGGACUCUCAUCCUUUAACAAUGUAUUCAGUGGCAAGUUAUUAAAU